CACCCAGCGCAUGUGCGAAUAUCCCCCACCAUACUGCCGAGUGAAUUACCGGAGCCGUCUGCCAUCUGAUUGAACUGGAGGUAAAGAGAGAGAACCAACCGAUAAAACGAUGCCGCAGGCACGCUGGUGGAACGCUGUUAUCGCGAGCAGUCGGCCUAGGACGUGGGAACAACUGACUGCCUCCUCCUCCGCGGGUUCAGGGACAUCGACAGGAAGAACAUCCAUAUGUCCGACGACUGAAGUUGUAAUCCACCGGCCGGCUACCGUCAGAACAUUACACCGCGGCAUGGCGAGCAGUCAAUCUGGAACCAAAAUCCUCACCGAGGAUAAUGUUUUCACGAAUCUUCGGAAAAUGGAGUACGCAGUGCGCGGACCACUCCUUUUACGUGCUCUCGAGAUCGAAAAGGAGCUUCAGAAGGGAGUCAAGAAACCAUUCAAGGAGGUGAUAAAGGCAAAUGUGGGAGAUGCACAUGCUAUGGGCCAACAGCCUAUCACUUUCUUGAGGCAAGUACUGACCCUGACAGUAUCGCCGAAUCUUCUCAAUGAUCCUAACUAUCCUGAAGACGUGAAGGAUCGAGCCAAGACUAUCUUAUACCAUUGUAAAGGAGGCAGCAUUGGUUCGUAUUCGGAAUCAGCAGGAAUUGAGAUCAUCCGGAAACAUAUUGCCCAGUACAUUCAGGAUCGCGAUGGAAUUCCAUCUGAUUAUCAUAAUAUCAUCCUCUCGAACGGCGCUUCGGAUGGAAUUAAAUCCUUUCUGAAGUUGUUCAAUGAGAAAAUAGACGGUAAACCAUCCGGUGUGAUGAUUCCAAUUCCACAGUAUCCUUUAUAUUCUGCCACUCUAGCUGAAUUUGGUUUGGCUCAAAUUGGUUAUUAUUUAAAUGAAGAAAAUAAAUGGGCGUUAGAUAUUUCUGAAUUGGAUAGAGCAUUAAAUGAAUCAAGAAGAAUGUGUAAUCCUCGUGUACUAGUCGUAAUAAAUCCUGGUAAUCCAACCGGACAAGUUCUUACACGUACCAAUAUUGAAGACAUUAUUCGAUUUGCGUAUAAAAAUCAUUUGUUCUUGUUGGCUGACGAGGUUUAUCAAGAUAAUGUUUAUGAUAAAGAUAGUGCCUUCCAUUCAUUUAAGAAAGUAAUGACAGAAAUGGGAGAACCUUAUUGUAAAAUGGAACUGGCUUCCUUUAUGUCUAUUUCUAAAGGUUAUAUGGGAGAAUGUGGAAUCCGCGGUGGCUAUGGAGAAAUUAUUAAUAUGGAUCCCAAAGUAAUGGCAAUAUUAUUAAAGUCGAUUUCAGCAAUGUUAUGUCCGACUGUUCUUGGUCAAGUAGUGAUGGACGUUGUAGUAAAUCCACCAAAAUCAAAUGAACCAUCCUAUGAAUUAUUUCAAAAAGAAAAAGAACAAACUUUAUAUUCUUUAGCGGAGCGAUCGAAAUUAGUAGUCGAUACAUUAAAUACCAUUCCAGGUUUUAAGGUUAAUCCAGCUAUGGGUGCAAUGUAUGUAUUUCCACGAAUUGAUCUACCAAAAAAAGCUAUAGAGGUAGCAGAAAGGGAAGGUCAACAGCCUGAUGUUUUUUAUGCUUUCAAACUAUUAGAAUCUACUGGAAUAUGUGUAAUACCAGGUUCUGGUUUUGGACAACAACCUGGAACCUAUCAUUUUAGGACGACAAUUUUGCCACAAAAAGAAAAAAUAAAAACAAUGCUUGAAUGUCUGAAACAAUUCCAUCUUAAGUUCCUUGAGGAGUACAAAUAAUAAUAUAUAAAAAUUUUUAUAUUAUUUUAAUCUCGAAAUCAGGGUCAUAAUAUGUGAAUCAGUAUUAAAUUUUCAUGAAAUUAUUUUAAAUUUAUUCGGAAGAUUAUUUUGCACUUUAUAAUGAAAAAAAUACAAAAAAUUUUUGAGAUUGUUAUAGAAUAGAUUUAUUAUGUACGUAUGUAUCACAGUAAUUCAUUGAUAACUAAUAGAUAUGUUUUUUUAUAAUACUCAUUGAUGUUAUCAGGUUAUUACAGUAGAAUUCCGUUUAUGUGAUUGAAAUUUGUAUUUUUAUUAUCUAAACUUUACUUUUAUUAUAUGAAUUAUCAUUAAGCAUUGUUCUAUUUAUAUAAAUGUAUAUAAAUAUUAUUAUGUAUUUAAAGAUAAAUGUUUAAUAGAAUUCUCUUAUGUAAAUGAGCUCUUAUGUGAACAAUUAUAAAUGAUGGGAAUAAGACUUUUAUUAAUCUGAUGAACCGAUUACCCUCUAGAUAGAUUUAUAUAAACGGAUUUCUACUGUACAUAGAAAGUAUAUUGUAAUUUACAUUUGAGCAGAUUAAGUAUAAUUAUAAAUUUGCAUUAUAUGCAAAUAAUUUUCAUUAUAUGCAAUUUUCAUGGAGGAAUAAAUUGUUAUCAAUAUAAACAAGAUGUACAAAUGAACUUGAAAUAGAUUUUAAAGUUUUUAUCAUAUGUAUAUAGAUUAUAUACAUUUAAUGAAAUUCAUUUACUAAAAAAAACUUAUGUUUAUAUUUGUUUAUAUAUGUUCAAAAUCCACAAUAAAAAAAAAUUACAUAAAAAUGAAAAAA